UCUCUUUUCCACGUUCCUUCCGAAAUAGUUUUGCUACACAACACGUGCAUCUACAAUAAUUUUGUUGAUUUUUAAUAAAAUUCAACAAAAAGAUGCGUAUCGAAACGUGUUAUUUUUGCUCCAGCAAAAUAUAUCCUGGGCAUGGAGUACAAUUUGUAAGAAAUGAUUGCAAGAUUUUUAAAUUUUGCCGAGGUAAAUGUCACAAAGCAUUCAAGCGCAAGAAGAAUCCACGUAAAGUUCGCUGGACCAAGGCACAUCGCAAAGCAGCGGGCAAAGAACUCGCCAUCGAUCCCAGUUUUGAGUUUGAGAAACGUCGCAAUGUGCCCAUCAAAUACAAUCGCGAAAAAUGGCAAAAGGCUCUAGAUGCCAUUAAGAAGGUGAAUGAAAUCAAGGAGCGCAGACAAGGCAACUUUGUAAUGCAACGUUUGCGUAAGGGUCGUGAAGUCGAAAUUCAAAUGGAUGUCAAGGAUGUACAGCGCAAUAUGUCACUUAUACGCUCACCAGCUGCUGGCUUGAAGGAAAGACGCGCGAAAGAAAAGGCUGAACAAGAGGCACUCAUGGAAGAAGAUUUGCCCGAAGAAGAGAUUACUUAUGUCGAUGCGCGCGAAUUGGAAAAGAAGCUGGAAGCAGGUCUUAUGGAUGAUGAAGAUAUGGAGAUGAUUGAAGAAUAAAUUUCCAUGUAGUAGGGGGGUGUAGUAUAUAAGUUUUUAAUUUUAUUUUAAUAAUUUAACAAAAACAAAAUUACACAAAUGUGCGAAUGAGUGUAUAAGUGUUAAGCGAAAAUAUAUCUCAAUUGUGACAAAAUGUUAAAAA